ACCGUACUUCUGGGGCUCGUCAACUGGAGUCCACUCCAGUGAAGCCCAGAGAAAGAAGCAGACGCUAUGGGGCUGCUGUCUGCAGGUGUCGGACCCUUUCGAAACCGGGUGCUGGCGGUUCGGACCUGGAGCCGAGAGUUAUCCAACAUCUCGGCUACUUUACGCAGCGGCGGCGCACUGGCGUCGAAGGCGUCACUGAUCCAGAGGAGAUGUGGAGGAUUAUAUCAACACAGUUUCUCGCUCGCGCGGUUGCUUAGCUCCAACAAACCACCAAGAGGUUUUGAAAAGUUUUUCCCAAAGAAUGAGGAAAGCACCGGCGUCAGCAAAUCCGCUGAAGACGAAAAUACCAAAGAUCAAUAAUCUCAUGUAAGGGAGGAGAGGGACACAAAUGAUGAUGGGGACGAAAGACGAAGAGGAGGGAAAAAGGAAGAAUCACACUGGUGGACGCGCUUUCAGGAUGAUUUUCCCUUGGAUGAAAAAGCACUUCGCUACUCUGCCAUCGCUGCAGCCGGCAUGGUCUCAGCUUUUUUGUACUUUUACUUCCGAGAGACGGGGAUGCAGAUCUCCUGGAAGGACUUUGUGAAUCACUACUUGAACAGAGGCUUGGUGGCACACCUGGAGGUUGUAAAUAAACAGUAUGUCAAAGUAAUUCCUGCCCAUGGAGUGGACACGUCAGAAGUGAGCUAUUUAUGGUUCAAUAUUGGGAGUGUUGACUCAUUUGAGCACAACCUGGAGAUGGCCCAACAGGAAAUGGGACUGGACUCACAGAAAGUUCCUGUAUUCUACAGCAGUGAAAGUGAUGGGACUCUCCUGCUCAGCAUUUUCCCAGCCUUACUGCUGGUAGGCUUUUUACUUUUUGCCACACGGCAGGGGCCGAUGGCAGGGGGCCGUGGGGGUAGGGGGCGAGUAAACCCCUUCAGCAUGAGUGAAUCAAAGGCCAAGAUAAUAAAAGACAACAUCAACGUUCAGUUCAAGGAUGUCGCAGGCUGUGAGGAGGCCAAACUAGAGAUUAUGGAGUUUGUCAACUUCUUGAAGAACCCGCGGCAGUACCAGGACCUCGGAGCCAAGAUUCCAAAGGGUGCUGUGUUAUCGGGUCCACCUGGUACUGGCAAGACCUUGCUCGCGAAGGCCACUGCAGGAGAAGCCAAUGUCCCCUUUAUCACUGUAAAUGGAUCAGAGUUCCAGGAGAUGUUUGUUGGCGUGGGACCAGCGAGGAUUAGGGAUACGUUUGCCACAGCUCGAAAGAAUGCCCCCUGCAUCCUCUUCAUUGAUGAGAUCGACGCAGUUGGCAAAAAGAGAGGCGGGGGCAACUUUGGCAACCAGAGCGAGCAGGAAAACACGCUCAACCAGUUGCUUGUGGAAAUGGAUGGGUUCAACAGUCGCACUAACGUGGUCGUUUUAGCUGGCACCAAUCGAGCUGAUAUCCUGGAUCCAGCUUUGCUGAGGCCAGGACGUUUUGAUCGACAUAUAUAUAUAGGCCCACCAGAUAUUAAAGGGAGGGCAUCCAUCUUUAAAGUGCAUUUAAGACCCUUGAAGUUGGACACGAGUAUAGAAGUAGAGGCUUUAGCCCGGAAGCUCGCUGCACUAACCCCAGGUUUUACUGGGGCUGAUAUUGCUAAUGUGUGUAAUGAGGCUGCUCUGAUAGCAGCGCGUCACCUCAACCAACAUGUCAAUACAAAGCACUUUGAGCAGGCAGUGGAGAGAGUUAUUGGAGGUCUGGAGAAAAAGACUCAGGUCCUGCAGCUCCCAGAGAAAACUACUGUAGCGUAUCAUGAGGCCGGACAUGCUGUGGCAGGCUGGUUCCUAGAACAUGCAGACCCCCUACUUAAGGUGUCCAUCGUUCCCAGAGGGAAAGGUUUAGGUUAUGCGCAGUAUCUGCCCAAGGAGCAGUACCUGUUCAACAAGGAGCAGCUGUUUGACAGAAUGUGCAUGAUGCUGGGGGGUCGAGUGGCUGAGCAGGUUUUCUUUAAGCGAAUCACCACCGGGGCUCAGGAUGACCUCAGGAAGGUGACACAGUCUGCGUAUGCACAGGUUGUACAGUUUGGAAUGAACGAUGCAGUGGGUCAGGUGUCCUUCGACCUCCCCCAGCAGGGUGAUGUAGUAACUGAGAAGCCCUACAGUGAAACCACAGCCCAGCUCAUAGACCAGGAGGUCCGCCUGCUUAUAGAUUCUGCCUUCCAGCGAACACUGAAGCUCGUCACUGACAGGAAGGAAAUGGUUGAGAAGGUGGCAAAACGUCUUCUAGAAAAGGAGAUUCUCGACAAAGCUGACAUGGUGGAGCUGCUAGGAGCCCGUCCCUUUCAAGAGAAGACUUCAUAUGAGGAGUUUGUAGAAGGGCUGGGGGAACUUGAGGAGGACACCUCUCUACCUGAAGGGCUAAAGAACUGGAACAAGAACAAAGGGGAGGAAAAACAGCCCCAGAAUCGGCAAAACAGAUCAGCCCUUUACCUGUAGGUGGACAUGCAGCCUCAGGGCAAAUAUUCCACUGGAUUCAGGUGAGAAUUCGAGCGCCAUCUGGUCCAGACUGUCAGGGCUCUGAGAGUGAUCCCCUGUUCAUCUCACGGACAGCUGCAAAAGGAGGGAUGGAGAUGUCCUGCACAAGUCGUAAACGGCCUGGAUAAUAACAUUUUUUAAAUUGCAGUUUUUAUAUUCUUGGGGGAAUUAUGGAAAAAAUUACUCAUCACUUUACAGUCAGGUCAGUUUGCAGUGAACAUUUCACUGAAGGUGCCUUCCUUCCAAGCUCUGAUUCAGUCCUACAGUGCAACGACACUGAUGUACACACCACAGAGUCAUCUGUAGCCAUGGUCUGAAAAGUUACUGAGCUCAAGUUACAAAACAGAAAUUGACUGAGACAUACAUUUUAACAUUCACAGUUAGUGGACAUCAUGUGACAGUUAUAUUAGCUGUGAUGUGCAUUGUUCAGUUACACACUGUGCUAGUAUCAUGUGAUGGUAUCAUAUGAGUUAGAUUUUAUACUGAUGUUCGUUGCCUUUCUCAAACCAUACAUCUAUAGAGCUAAUAACAAUGCUUCCAGCCUCGGCUGCCACUUCAUUAUGUUGAUAGCUAAAUAUAUAAAUGUGUUUUUCCUGAGGGGGGAGACCAGGCUUCUCAGAUGAUUCAAUUUUCAAAGGCACUGCUGACUGUCUUCUUUCUCACACCAUCGUACAAGGAAGUAAUUCUUAAUUUCUACAUUUUCAUCACCAUUAUAGUCUUCCAACAGACUUUAACCCUUUCUUAGCCCGGCUCUUAUUAAUUUUUCCACUAAAGGCAGCUGUUAGAACUGUUUGUUAAUGUGCUUUGUGCACCGAUUUUACCAAUGUCAUUGGAUCGCAUGUACUGUAGGGUGUCGUCUCCUUCGCAGUGUCCCAAAGUAUUCAGAGUCAACAUUGAUGUCGACACCCAUGAGAGCUGGGAACAGAUGAGAUGAGCCACGCCCUCUUCAUUCACUCACACUACCUCACAGUCUCCGUCUUCUUAACUGACUCUUAGCUGUUACAAUAAAACCAUCUUACUGACAAUUUUUGGUCACAAUACUCACACCACACUCUGGUUAUGCUUUUUAGCCUUUUUCUUUUGUUAAUCAUAUUGGUGAGUGUUACACACUAAUUAGGGUCUUAAAUUAAAGAUAGGGUUAAUUGGCUUUUCCACGCAAUCUCUGCUGUAUAACUAUCCAUGUAGCAUUUCAUGUAUUUGAGAGCACCUCCCACGAGGGUUGGUUACACACUGUCAUCACAAUGUUAACAGUGUCUUAAUGGUUAACCCAGUAGCUCCUGAGCCACGUAAAUAGGUUUUAAAAUAAAAAUGUACUUGAACUAAAUGCCUUGCAGUAUGGGCAGUGAAGGCCCUUUUUAUUUUUUUUUAUCAGGUUUUCCAGUAGAAGCUUUAAGGGUUCGAACCAGCUUGACACUGGACCAUUUUUUCAUCCAUAUUAAAAAAACAAACAUUAUUAUAUGAUGAGCAGGCUGGUUGUAUAUCAUUGUAAAUUGAAUAUAUUGCGUGUUUUGUGCCUGCUUGACAAUGCACUAUCCUUGUUCUUGCUUGAUGAAUAUUCCUUUGUACAUGUCAGUGAGGAUUAUGAUGUGAUGACAAAUGAAUGUGAGGCUGUUGUGGCUCACACCGAUAUUAAACAACUUUUACACCCCA